CAUGACAUCUUUUGUAAAGAGUGAGGAGGAGCACAAAGACAGUUAUAAAAGAUGGGGCUUCGACAGCCUACAGCACAGUCAAUGCAGAAGGAUGCAGCUUCAGAUUGAUCUCCAGUCACAGCAGCGAAAUCAUCGCCUAAGCAGGGCUGCUUGGCUGCAUGGUCGCUGGUGGGAGAUCAGUGAGCAGGAGCGUAGGGCUCAGCUCCAUAAUCAAAAGCUCCUGAAGGAUUUUCAGAGAGCACAAGACUCACUCGAUGACAUGGUGGCCCGCACUGAAGCCAUGAACACUAUACGGGUUGAGUAUGAAAAGUAUUUGGAAGAGAAUUUCCCACGAUGGCAACAGAAGCUCAAAAAGAGACUUUCAGAGCAGUCCAAGCGGGUACAGCAGCAGUUAAAGGACUAUAUUCAGGAGAUGGAGGGGCCUGAACACAGGUCUGGCAUUAGAGCCCACCCUUUUUCCUCCAUCUCUGCAGACGCACCUCAGCCUACAACUUCUGACACCCUGCUAAACUCUCAUCAGACAGAGAAAGACACCAAUCAACAUUCUGCAAGAUGCAACCAAAAUGACCAUCUACCUCACCUUCCACCCACUUCGUUAUUUGGCUCACAGUCUUUAGGAACCAGACUUCCCCAUAUUAAUAUUCAAAAGCAUUGCAAAAACUUUCAGAACAUACCAUCUGAGGGAAAACUCAUGGGCAGGUAG